AAGGGUGGGGCGACAGGCCUGGUCGGACGGGUGGGUCGGGAAGACAGCCUCUUCCUCUUUUCUCCCCUAGGGUUCUUGCCCAGACCGCCGCUGCGAUUCUGUGGAGGUGUUGUGAUCGGCUUACAGCUGCGGCAGGCGUGGAUACGAGCUGGUCUGAAAGUAGAACUGAGCCGAGCUGGGACCGUGCCCUGGGACGGCCUGGAUUCCUCUGGAGGGUCCCAGCAACCCCCACACAGCCAUGCAUUGCCCUGCCGUGCUCCUGCUUCUCCUGCCUGGUGGGGCUGAGGCCUUUCGCAUCUGUGCCUUCAAUGCCCAGCGGCUGACGCUUUCCAAGGCGGCCAGAGAACAUGUGAUGGACACCUUUGUUCGGAUCCUGGCUCGCUGCGACAUCAUGGUGCUGCAGGAGGUGGUGGAUUCCUCAGGCAGUGCUCUCUCCCUCCUGCUUCGAGAACUCAAUCGAUUUGAUGGCUCCGGGUCCUACAGCUUCUUGAGCAGCCCCUCGCUGGGGCGCAGCACAUACAUGGAGAAGUAUGUGUACAUCUACCGGUCACACAAGACACAGGUCCUGGAUUCCUACGUGUACGAGGACAAGGAUGAUCUCUUUGCCCGGGAGCCGUUUGUGGCCCAGUUCACUUUUCCCAGCAAGGUCCUUCCCAGCCUGGUGCUGGUCCCACUGCACACCACCCCGAAGGCUGUAGAGCAAGAACUGAAUGCCCUGUACGACGUGUUUCUGGAUGUCUCCCAGCGCUGGCAGACUAAGGACAUGAUCCUGCUUGGGGACUUCAAUGCUGACUGUGCCUCACUGACCAAAAAGCGCCUAGGUGAGCUGCUGCUGCGAACUCAGGCAGGCUUCCACUGGGUGAUUGGCGACGAGGAGGACACCACAGUUCGAGCCAGCACCCACUGUGCUUAUGACCGCAUUGUGCUGCACGGGGAGCGCUGCCAGAGUCGGUUGCACUCCGCAGCUGCCUUUAACUUCCCCAGGAGCUUCCAGCUCACCGAGGAGGAGGCCCUCAACAUCAGUGACCACUACCCUGUGGAAGUAGAGCUGAACCGGGUGGCCCCCAGGGUCCAGCCUCUUGGCCUGGCUGCUCUGUUGCUGCUGCUGCUACUCCUGCCCCCCCAGCUGGGCCUGCUGGCCUGAACCAGCCCGGAGCCUGCUGCCCACAGAUGUGAGGACUGUGCUGCCUUCGGGACUCAGAUCCUGGUCUCUCCUGUGUGCUCCCAGACCGCUCUGGGGCUGGAGAGACUGCUGCGGGGCUUCAACUGCAGCCCUCCUCCAUCUGAUUAUAGCUCUGCCGUGCUGGACUGCAACCCUUCUCCAUCUGCCUUUUCUUUGGUUUGGCUUGUGUUCUUUGGUGGGGCCCCUGCCUGGCAUUAGAAUGUAGAAGGCAGCAGGGGCCCUGAGGCUAGACCCAUGCCACUCUGCCCCCAGCUAACAUCAAGAGUGGGGAUAGAGCAGGCUCCAGGGCUGGGGGAGGAGAAAAGGGGGCUCAGGUGAUUUUGGCUCAACUGCAGGACUCAGAAAAGGGAAUCACAACAGACCAAAAGAUUUUAUUAUGACAAAAAGGAGUUACAUACCGAGAACAAAAAAGCUAAAUUGCAGGGGUACUAUGUAUGUGGAGCCGAUGUGCCACAGGGCCAUUUUUAUUGCACACAGGAUCCGUAUGAAUCAAGAUUAAGAUUCUAGCAGAUACAAGGAUCGAUAAGCAGUUCACACACACAAAUAGUAACUAGUGAACAGAAAAUGUUUAAGCUCCUUGUAACAUAUAGCUGCAAACAGGCCUGCUGCCUGUCAGGCCCAUGUUCCCAAACACCGUGCAGCCCAGCCUCCAUCCUCCCCCAAUGCAGGGUACCGGCAGUCCACACUGGGUGGCAUGUGUACAAGGCAUGGCUCAGACUGGUUACCAAGGCUACAGGUGCAUACAGAAAAUAGAUGUAUCGCUUAUGUAACUGCAGUAGCAACUGCGUGAAUAAGCGGUCGUGCCGCUAGAGACUACAGGAUAGGAUACUUAGCAAAAUGUUAACAAUGAUCCUGUUGUGUGUUGGCAUCAUAGAACCCUUCCUUCCCCAGUUUCAUUUUCCAGAGGACAGAGCUCAGUAAAACCGGCCAGCAGGAUAUCCAGGCCAUUUAAACACUCAAGUAUUUAUGGUUUAGAAUCAUCUCAAGGUCAAAAAUAAAGGUAAUUUUAAACCUUA